CGGAACGGUAUUGUCCCCAUUUCGUGGAGGAUCUUCUGAAAAUGAAGGCAUCGUCGAAGAAGGAUUUCGACUACGGAAUGCUCCCGCUGGAGAUCAUCGCGUGGCCCGUGGGCACCUGGCCGCUUCAGAAAUACGACGUUUACGCCAAUUCGCGGUCCAUCGUCGCCGUCAUCCUCUUCCUGUUGAUGUUCGCCAUCGUGCAAGCGGAGAUAUAUUUCGAUCACAGCGACCCCGAGAAGAAUCUGGACGUCCUGGUGUUGACAGCGUGCUCCAUCCUGUCCAUGUGGAAGGUGACGAUGUUCCGCGUCCACAGCGAUCUCCUCAUCGCGAACUUCACCUCCGCGGUGAAGGACUACGAGGAUCUCGACGGAGAAGAGGAACGCGCCAUCGUGCGACGCCACGCUCGCAUGGGACGAGUGGCGUGUGCCAGCGUGAUCGGUUUUUCGUAUUUCGCCGCGACGUUAUUCCUGGCAGUGCCUAUGUUGGCUGGCGACGAAGAGGUCGCGUUAAAGGACGUCAACGUCACCCAGGAGGACGAAUUGGAUUUUCCUAUCCCCUCCACGUACACCAUGAAGAACCUUGGCAUAUCGGAACAGUUCACUCCGGCGGUUUUCCUCGUGGAGUACGCCAUGCUGCUGAUGUCGUGCACAGGGAACGUCGGUAGCGACGGAUUGUUCUGCUCCAUCACGUUCCACCUGUGCGGACAAGCGGAGUUACUGAAGCUGGAAUUCAAGAGAUUCGUCGAGAAAAGUGAAAACAUUUCGGAACGUUUCAACGCGCUGACCAAGAGGCACUGUCACCUCUUGAAGCUAUCCAAGAUGCUGAACGACGCGAUCAGUUCUAUCUUAGCGGUGCAGUUGUUCAUGAGCUCCAUACUUAUUUGCAUGACUGGUGUUCAACUCAUCCUGUCGCUGAACGUCGGGAACAUCGUCAUGGCGUUAAAAUCGUUGCUAGCGGGAAGCUCGAUGGUGGGUCAGCUGUUCGCGUACAGUUACGUGGGCGAGUAUUUGAAGAAUCAAAUGGAAGACAUCGGUUACUCGGCUUAUUGCAGCACCUGGUACAAUAUACCGAGCAAAUUAUCAAGAAACAUCGUUUUCGUCCUACUGAGGUCUCAGAGACUGGUCCAAUUGAAGGCUGGACAAUUCUUCGUCGUGAAUAUUGCGACUUACAUGAGUAUCGUGAGGAUCUCGAUAUCGUAUCUGUCGGUUCUGAGAGUAAUGAUAGAUCCCUCAAAAGUGGAGGCGUCGACGAACGAGGACUUCGCUUACGCGAUGUAUCCCUUGAAGAUCUUGGCGUGGCCUGUGGGCACCUGGCCUCUUCAGAAAUACAACUUUUCUUCGGCUUUGCGGAGCAUCGUCACCGUCGUCAUUUUGAUAAUCAUGAUGGUAAUCGUGAACGUGGAGCUGUAUUUGAACAUAAACGACGCUGAGAAGAAUCUGGACGCUCUGGUGUUGAUCGGUUGCGGAAUCCUGGCGGUAUUCAAGGUAACGUGUUUCCGAAUCUAUUGCGACGGAUUGGUCACCAACUUCUACUCUGCGAUAAAAGACUACAACGAACUCGAUGGUGAAGACAAACGCGCCAUCGUCAGACACCAUGGUACCAUGGGUCGGAUAGCGUGUGCCGGUGUGUUAUGCUUUUCAUGUUUGUCCGCGACGCUUUUUACGUUGGUGGCGUUAUUCACUGGAAACGACGCAACCGCGACGAAAGAUAGCAAUGCAACGAAAAGGGGACUACUCGAUUACCCUAUCCCCUCAGAAUUGACCAUGGAUGCUCUGCAAAUGCCCAAAAAUGUCUACCCAGUCAUCUUCCUCUCAGAGUACGCGAUGCUGUUGGUUACGGCCGCUGGAAAUCUUGGUAGCGACGGACUCUUCUUCGGCAUUACUUUUCACGUGUGCGGCCAAGCUGAGGUCCUAAAGUUAGACUUCACUAGAUUCGUGGAGGAAACGAACAAAACGGCUGAUCGUCUGAACGCGUUGACCCACAGGCAUUGCCAUUUGUUAAGUCUAUCCGAGAAGCUAAAUGACAUAAUCAGCAAUAUCUUGGUCGUACAACUAUUCACGAGUUGCUUACUUAUAUGCACGACUGGAUUUCAGUUUAUUCUAUCUCUAAGCGUCCACAACAUGGUGAUGGUGAUUAAAACGUUCAUUGUAAUGAGCACGGUGUUGUCGCAGUUGUUCGCGUACAGUUACGUGGGUGAGUACUUGAAGAACCAAAUGGAAGGCAUCGGGUACUCGGCUUAUUGUAGCAGCUGGUACGAUAUACCGCACAAGCUGUCGAAGGAUAUCAUUUUCAUCCUGUUGAGAGCUCAGAUCCCGGUGCAUCUGAUGGCUCGACAGUUCUUCGUCGUCAACAUGCAAACUUACAUGAGUAUCGUGAAAACCUCGAUGUCAUACCUCUCGGUUCUUCGCGUGAUGAUAACCACGUAAGAGUUUGUUUGUAACUU